UCCUAACAAAGAAAUGAACUCGGUGUUUGAAACUGAUCUUGAAAGAGAGUCAAAAUGUUCACAUUCAUCUGAAGGCACUGCACAAAAUUGUGUUUGCAACUUAGGGGGCUAGCAGCCUAGCACUAUCAAACUGUCUUCAAGAUUGUUUGACUGUAAGAUUAAGCUGAUUAAUACUUCUCAUUCUUUUUCACAGUACCAGAUGAACCAUAGAUUUUCAGGCAAUCAAGAUCAAGAAGUGGACAUGGUACCCUCUGGGCAACCUCAGCCUGCAAUGGGUGAUGUUGCUGGUGGAUCACAAGUGUAUACCGCUGCAUCAACAGUCGGCAUAGCUCCUGGUGUCACUCUUGCCGGUUCACAACCAGCGCCACCAUUCCUUGGCAAUCCAGCUCAGCUCAGUGCUCAGGACCAGCGUAUGUACGAGCUGUCACAGGAGUAUCAGCAGCAGCUCCAGCAACAGCAGCAGAGCCAGCUCCAGCAGUUCUGGGCCGAGCAACGGUCAGAGAUCGAGCAGACCACGGACAUGAAGAACCACCUCCUGCCACUCAGCAGGAUAAGGAAGAUCAUGAGGGCCGACGAGGACGUUCACAUGAUCUCGGCGGAAGCUCCGGCGCUGUUCGCCAAGGCAUGCGAGAUGUUCACGCUGGAGAUGACGAUGAGGUCAUGGAUGGUCACCAAGGAGAACAAGCGUCGGGUCCUGCACAUGAGCGACAUCGCUGCCGCUGUGGCUAGGACCGACAUCUACGACUUCUUGCUGGAUUUGUUUCCCAGGGAUGAGACGAUGGAGCAGAGGGUCUUGCUUCCCAGGACCGAGCAGCAGCCCAUAGGAGCUGGUGCAUACGCGUACCACGAUGCGCCGCAGCAGCACGCGGCAGGUGCAUCGACGGCGUAUGGUGGACCGUCGUCGACCUAUGUGUGGCAGGAGCCUGAGGAAGAAGAGCAGGGCCAUCUGUCCACCUACGUGUGGCAAGAGCCUCAGCAACGACAGGACGGGCCCUGAUGCUAUCACCAGAUUCAGAGUCCUCGUUUCAGCCUGGAUGUUUAAAAAACUUUUGGUCUCGCAUUGACCUCCAUAUGAUCGCUAUUCGUUGCUGAUGAGGAGAGAUUCGGAGAUCCCCAUGGAGGUUUGGUUGCUGUUGUGUUGGUGUCGUCAGCCAAGGAUUAUGAAUUUGUGAUUUGAGACUAUGCGGUCAAAUUUUUACCGGAAGGUUGGCCUUUGGUGAUGCCUUAUUUUUGUUUAUAUCUAUGAUGUGUUUGCUUGUGGCA